AUGGAGAUCCCCGGAAACAACGAUGAUGCAAAAGGAACAUUGUUUCACCUUCAAGUCACAUCGAGGACCGGGAAAAAGGUGAAGAAGAAGAAGAAGAAGAAGAAGAUAGAACAGAAUUCUGACCUUCCUUGUGAUGUGCUUGAUAUCAUUUCCGAAAAACUAGAUUUGGACGACCUCUUACAUUUUUCUGGUGUGUGCAAGAGUUGGAGGGUUUCUCACAAAAUUUACUGGACAAAUUUCUUGGCAUCCCAAGCACCAUUACUUAUUGAAAUUUGGUGUGAUAAACAUAGCAAACCAUCGUAUUCCUUUAGAAGCCUACCCGACCAAAAAGUUUAUUGGUGGAAGAUGGAUCAAAAGUGCUUCAGGCCGAUUGAAUAUUUUACGUAUUCUGGUGGAUAUUUUAUCAUGGGGAAGGACAAUAACUCAUUAAUGCUAAUCAAUCCAUUUACAAGAAUAAACAAGGUAAUCAAUACCUCCUCAACCUUUCAAGUUAAUCUUGGUUGUCAUGCUUUGCUUGCUUUUGGCAAAUGCUCCCAGGAAUUUGUCUUCGUGGUUUUAGGCGGAUGGCCAAAGAGUUUGCAUGUCUAUCAAUCUCGAAAUUGUGGUUGGGUUACUUAUCCGACAAUGGAAAAUGUAGGGAAGGUUAUUGACUUUGUUGUUUUGCAUAAUAUAAUAUAUGUUGUCACUGACAAGGCCAACAUAGGGGUACUCAGCUUGAAUUCUGCAAAUAUUAAAUUUCUAAAACUAAAGAGUACUCCCAAUAUAACACCAAACCCGGGCUUUAAACCGCACCUUGCGUUGGUUAAUUGUGAUGAGCAACUAUUACUAGCUCAUUUUAAGUACUUCGAAAUAAAGGAUGUAUACAAGAUAGACUUCUCAACGAUGAGUUAUGUCAAACUGAAAACUUUGGGAGACAAUGCAUUAUUUUAUUCUUGGGACAAGAGUUGUUAUUCUUUGAGCAACCCGAACAAGUGGGGAUAUGAGAGAAAUUAUGUUUAUGUUAGUAGUCUUUCACGCGUAGAAGUUAGUGUGUAUUCAGGGGAUGAUAAAAAAUGCACUCCAUUUCUAACUCCUGAUGAAAGUCAUUCAUACACUCAUUCCUUCACACUCGAUUGGUGUUUUAGACAUGUACGAUAUGAGGUAGAUUAUUCUCUAGUUGAGUAG